AUGAAUGCUCUUCGUAGAUUUUAUAGUAGCAAUACGGCGGUGACCCCUAGUGGCCCAUCCAAUGAAACCGGUGGUGUAUUGCCGAUAGAUUUGGAAGGAAGACAUAGAUUUGUAAGGCAACGACUUACUAACAUGACAGAUGAAGAAAGAGCUUUUCGUAGAAAAUUCUUACAUGAUCAACACUUGUCUCAUGAUGAACCGGUUGCUGUCCCAGAAAUGUACGAAGAAUUGUACAAUCCAAUUAGACGUGCAUUCAGAGCCCCCAUGAAUCUAUUUCAAGAGUUUUUGGUCCCAAAAAUUGGUGAAAGGACUGCUUUCAACGUACGGUUUGUAACAGGCAAAUUUUUGAUGGGACUCACUAUUGUUUAUAUUGGUACAUACUACGUUCUUUACAACACAAAUACUUGGGAGAGAAAAUCAGGAUGGAGAAUACAUGAAUCUCGUUCUCAGUGUGUGCCAGGAGAUCCAGGUUUUCCAAGAACAUCAGACCGCACUCUACCCAAACAUUACGCCGAUAGAGGAUUCAGCAGUUCUCCAAUAUAA